AUGGAGCCCAAAAACUCAGGCAUAUGUCCUGACCAGGAGUCAAACAGUAACCUCCUGGUUCAUAGGUCAAAACUCAACCACUGGGCCACACCACCUAGGGCAUCAGUUCUGAAUGUCAAGGAAUCCAAAGCUUCUGAAAGAACGGUUGUAGUUGCUGGGCUGCCGGUUGGCCAUUUUAAUGCUCGAUCACUGACCACAUUAGUGAAGAGACACUUCCAAGAUAUCAAGAAUGAAGGCGGGGUUGUUGAAAAUGUGAUAUAUCCAACAAGAACCAAAGGAGUUGCAUAUGUAACAUUCAAAGAAGAAAAAGUUGCAGAGAAUGUCAUCAGAAAAAAGAAACACUAUCUAGCAGUGAAGAUUGGACCCACUCAACUCACAGUCUCUCAUUUCAGUGAAAAGGUCUUGAUCUCUGUAUAUGCUACUCUUGAUCUCUCUGUUUUUCGAGGUCAAUUCAUUCUGGAAAGUCUGGUGAGGGAGCUGCAAAAGAAAAUUCCAAGUUUACGCUUCAGUCCUUUGGGUCAAAAUGGAAGAAUCUUCGUUCAAGGAUCGUUUCUGGCUAUCAAGAAGCUCAAAGAAUCUUUGCUAUUUAAAGCGAGUUCUCUUUUAGAAAAGAACAGGAGUUGUAUCAAUGAGGGAGAAAAGAGGAGUAGACAGAGCCCCAGAAGGAAUCUACCGAGAAGUAAUAACGCUUUGCUGUCACCCAGGUCCCCAGUACCCGAGACUCUUAGGCAUGGAGAGACUGCCAGAUAUGGGGAGAUGCUUGUUCUCGAUACAGAUGUUUUUCUGUACCUGAAAAAGAAGAGCAGCUUCUAUGAAAGCACUUUGAAAAAAUAUCAUGUGCUAUGUCAGGAGAGGGUGGAAGGUGAAAUCACCACAAUUUGCAUAAAAAAUGAUUUGCAGCCGAACCAUGAAAAACUUGCAAAAGAAUGCAUUGAGAAAUAUUCACACGCUCUUCACUUUGAGCUUAGAAAAGAGACUUUUGACUUGAAAGGAAAGGAAAGGAGAGAGAGAGGAAAUAUUGAGCUGGCAUGUGAAAAACUAAGUUCGAGGUAUGGUCAGGAACUUCUGAUUAAUUUUAACAAGACACACAUUGAUGUGAUAGGACCUUCUUCUGACGUUCACACAUUUAAAAAGGAGGUCUUGAAAUUCAUAAGGCAAACAGUGAGGUGA